AGCAAACUGGGGACUUCAGCCAUGGAUGUUCCUCCGGGGAAUCCUUAACCCGGUGUGUGGGAGCGUCUGGAUUUUGUGGGAUGCCACAGCCUCCGCUCCACCUCCCACCUCCUUUAUCAUCCCCAGCUUGGCUAGCAGGUGCUUGGUAACCCCUACCCUUAAACACCUGUAAGACCACCGAGGUAAGGAUUUUUAAGCCCUAUGUGUUUCAGCUGCUCAGGUGGCAGACAGCUGUACACAAACUCUGUAAUCUGCUAAAAAUAAAAGCAAACCAAACUCGGCUGAUCCACCAUCAGCCCACGUGGAGGAUGGUGUUCAUUUAGACAAAAAUUCGUGCCCUCCUGUGAAUUCCUGCCUGAAUUUGUGGCACGGUUUGUUUUUUUUUUCGCUUUGUAAUAACGAGGUUAUUGCAGGGGAAACUUGUGAAGUGGCUUUAUGGUGUUAAAGCCCUUUUUCCAUCCUUGCUGUGAUAGCAUCCAAGUGGCACAGAUCCCCCCGGUGAUGACGGACUGUUGUGUUAGGGCUUGUUUGGGUAUCCAGGCAAGUUGUCAAAGUGGGGCCGGGCCUGUAUGUCAGGAAUGUGCAUUGAAGCCAGGUCCUGUAAACACUCACAAAUGUGUGCAGCCUUGUUGCUAGGGCUUUGCCCAGGAAUAAGACAGGGAUGAGCCCCUCUUUGAAGUCCCGAUUGCUCCCCGAGUAGCUGGAAGCCAGCAGAACAGCAGAGGGAAGAGUUUCCAUAGUUAGCGAGCUUCAGUAAAUAAAUUCACCUCUUUUUAUGGCUCGUUUUGGAGCAGAGCCAAGUGGAACUAUAUUGUUUAUGUGCGUAGAUUCUUGUGUCUCACACAAAGAUGCCUAUUGUUUACACAGAAACUGUAAGGGGAGUGUUUUGUUAACAUUUGGUUAGCAAUAUAAACUGACAAACACAAAUGCAGACUGGAACUUGAAGCAAAAAUAGCCCUUCUCAGGGCAGAAAAACACAGCUGCCCAAAAACUGUUUUUCAAGGAAAACUCUGCACCUAUCGGUUCUGUAUUUUCUUUUUCAACUCAGCUUCUGUCAUUUCCAUGCCUGUAAAUCUUCUACUGCACGUAACUAUCCCAGCAAUUUAAGCUCCAAGCCCAUGCACCCUCUAAACAGAGCUUAUUUUUCUAAAGAGUGAUUCAAUUGUGAUAUUUUAUAAUUACAUUUGAAAUUUGUUUUUGGUUGGGUGUGUCGCUGUUACAUUCUCAAAUUCCUGAGCUGACUGGGAUGAAUUCCCCUGUCCAUUGUCAACACGUGUCUUUUCCAUUAGUUCCAGUAGGACUGACUGCUGCCUUCUUACAUUUGAGAAACUUUCAGUGGCUUAAAAUACUAGGACCAAAAAACCUGUUUUUUCAAUAUUUUAUUAAAAAAAAAAAAAAAAUCCACAACCUACAUAAAGAAUAGUUACAGAGCCUGUGGGGUCCUGCUUCCCAUGAUGGAGUUUAUUGACUUAGUGGAUGUAGCAUGUAAAUUUUCAGUGAUGAUAAUGCAUAAAAUCUCAUUUUCACUGAUUGCAGCUUCAUUCCCCAAUGAUCAGCAUGUAUCAGCAUUCAAGUGACUGAGACCUGUUUAAAUAAAUGGGGUGAAUUGUUCUCAGAAGGGCUCAGAAAGGUUUGGUAUUGUAGCAAAAAGGGAUCACAGUAGUUUGAGGACUCUGUGACAGCCAAAUGUUUAAUUUUUAAUGUCUCACCAGUGAUGGCAAUGGGUAUCCAUCAGCUUGUACAGCUCCAGGGGAAGAAAGUUAGAAUUUCUGUCCUUGCACAUCUCCUAAUGCACACAAUCUAUUUUAUAGAGUUACUAUUAAUGAGAUUGGCACUGCUUUUUUGUGUGCUGUUUUUUUCACCCUAUUUCUUAGCUUAUUUCUACCUGUCACUCACAGAUUCUUGCUUUCAUGAUUAGUAGCCUAGAAUAUAUUUGAAUAUCAUAGUUAUCACUUUACAUUCAUUGUUUCUACAUUGCCUGAUCCUCUCUGAAUGAGCAUUCAAACCUAUUUUGUUUGAUGGGUCGCUGUAAAUGUCUACAGGUAUCUUUUUUUCCUUUCUUUCAGCUUUUUCCAUUGGCACCAUGAAGAAUAUAUCCUAAUUUUGCUACAACUCACAAGAAAGAUGAUCCCCAGCCAGCCCUGCUGAGCCACAGGAUGGGGCCAGAUGUCCCCCUGCUCAAUGACUACAAGCAGGAGUUCUUCCUGAAGCGCUUCCCUCAGACCCUGCUGGGAGGUCCCAGGUUCAAAUUAGGCUACUGUGCCCCUCCCUACAUCUAUGUGAACCAGAUCAUCCUUUUCCUGACCCCAUGGCUCUGGGGAGGAGUGGGGACACUCCUGUACCAGCUGGGGGUGAUGCAGGACUUGUGCACAGCAGCCCUGUCAGGAGGACUCAUGUUUGUUACUGCCCUUGCUCUUCAGAUGACAAACCUCUAUGCAAAGCAGAAAACAGUGACAGUAGAAAGAAUGCAAAUUCAGAAUACCCUGACAGAUGAAGACGAGUUCGAAUUUUCCAGCUGUGUAGGUUCAGAGACAGUAAAAUUUAUUAUUCCUGGCAAGAAGUACAUAAUCAACACUGUAUUCCAUUCCCUCCUGGCAGGGGUGUUGUGUGGGCUGGGAACUUGGUAUUUGCUGCCAAACAGAAUAACCUUGUUAUACAGCAACAUUGGAGGGACUGUUGUGAUCUUUGUGUUUGGAUGGGUGACCAUAUGUAUAGGAGAGUAUUCAUUAAUCAUAAACACAGCCACUGAAACAGCCACUUUCCAAGCACUGGAUACUUAUGAAAUCACUGCUCUGAUGAGACCUUUCUACAUUUUUGUCUUCAUUGCAGUGGAUCUUGCACACAGGUUUGCUGUCAACACACCCAUUCUAGAGCAGACAAACCAGAUUUUGCACAUCCUGUUUCUUUUUCUGCCAUUCUUGUGGGCCAUGGGAAUUCUGCCCCCACUUGAUGCACUUUUUCUCUGGGGAAUGGAACAACUGUUGGAGUUUGGACUAGGAGGUUCACCUAUGUCAAGUAACACCAAGUUGUUAGUAAUGUUUCUCAUUUCUGCUGGAACAGCAAUAGCAUCGUAUUUCAUUCCCAGCCCCCUCGGUGUGAUCCUCUUCAUGACUGGAUUUGGGUUCAUACUGAGUCUUAACCUAAGUGAGAUUGGGUUUGCCUUCAAACACACCAUGAUCAGCCAUUUAGCCUCCAGCAAAGCUAAAAAUGCUCACAGGGCUCUUAGAUUACAAUUUGGGUGGAGGGAAUUUAUUUUCUAUGCGACUGUGUUGGCGUUUGCUCUCACAGAAGCGAGUCUGCUGCAUCAAUUUGCAGGCUCCUCAUCAUCUUCCCAAGGCAGACCCCAGGCCAUAGCAAGUUACAUUCUGAUCCUGUUACUUGUAAUGAUGUGGAUUCUUAGAGAGAUUCAGAGAGUUUACUUGUUUGGAGUCUUCAGAAACCCCUUUUACCCAAAGGAUGUCAGGACUGUGGCUGUGUUCAUGGAGAAGCAAAGAAGGCUAAUGAAAGUUGGUGUUGUCAGGAGGAUUUUACUAACACUAGUGUCUCCCUUUGCUAUGAUAGCAUUCCUGUCACUUGACCAUUCCCUACAAAACCUGCAUUCCGUGUCUGUUUCCAUUGGAUUCACAAGGAUGUUCAGGAUGGUCUGGCAAAAUACAGAAAAUGCCUUACUAGACAUGGUGGUUGUGUCAGCAGCACAAAUGUUGGUGGCUAAUCCAGACCUCUGGUGGAACAGGAGCCUUGAUACAGGAAUCAAACUCUUGCUGGUCGGUCUCCUGCGGGAUCGGCUGCUGCAGUUCCUGUCCAAGCUGCACUUUGCCAUGGCCAUCCUGCUGACCUCGUGGACGGAGAAGAAGCAGCGCCGCAGAUCCAGCGCCGCCCUGAUCGCGCUCAACGUCGCCUUCUUCCCCGUGCUGCUGGCCCUGGUGGCCGUGUCGGCGCUGCUCUCGUCGCCCCUGCUGCCGCUCUUCACGCUGCCCGUGUUCCUGGUGGGCUUCCCGCGGCCGCUGCGCAGCUGGCCGGGCCCCGCGGGCGGCGCCGCCUGCGUCUGCCCCGACACCGUCUACUACCGGCAGCUGGUGCCCGGCCUGGCCGCGGCGCUGCAGGCUGCGCUGGCCGCCGGCGGCCUGGGUCUCUCUCUGCCUGGGUCUCAUUACUUGUGCCGCUUUCAGGACAGGCUGAUGUGGAUUUUGGUGCUGGAAAAAGGCUUCACAUACUGUGGUGUGAACAUUAAGGGGCUAGAACUGCAGGAAACAUCCUGCCAUGCUGCUGAAGCUCACAGAGUGGAUGAAAUUUUUGAAAUGGCCUUUGAACAUCAGGAGCACACAAGGAUUCUGUCUCCCAAUCCCCAUUUUGGGCACAUCCUGACUCCCUGUACUGUGGUUCCUGUGAGGCUGUAUUCUGAUGCCAGGAAUGUGUUAUCUGGAAUAAUUGAUUCCCAUGAGAAUUUAAAGCACCUGAAAGAUGAUUUUGUGAAAGUGCUUGUGUGGAUGCUUGUCCAGUAUUGUUAUAAAAAAUCCAAGACGUGGGAAAGCCCAGGCAGUGCCAACAGGAACAAACAAGAAUCAUUUCCAGAAAAUCAGCACAGUGGAGCAGUGAAAGGAUGCAGAGCUCUGAGGGAAGAAGACAGCUUUAGUGUUGAUUCAGUGGAGGACUGGACUGAUGAUAGUGACAUUUUUGAUUUUGAACCCAGUAGCAGAACAAGAGACAGAAAAGAUGCUGGGCACUUGGGACUGACACCCAAAGUGCACCUGUCUAUUCCAGGGUCCAUAGAAACACAGAGCCAAGAUUUCCUACAAGAAAUGUCACCAGAAGAUAAAUUAAACAGGACUGUGGUGCUUGGGCUGCCUGCUGUGGACAAAGGGAAGCAGCCAGAAGUUUUACCUCGUGUAGAAUUCAGUUGCUCUUACUCAGAGCUGCUGAGCAUCCCUGAAGAAUGGAGAACAGCACCAGUGCCUUCUUCCAAAGUCAGUGAAAUGAGGCAGAGGUUUCCUGAGGAAUGGUACCACUUUGUUCUGAGCCAGCUGGACUUUUUUCAUCUGCAAGAGAAGCCUUCCAGUUUGCUCACAGAGCUGAUGGAAGAUCAAGCUCUGAAGGAGCUGUACAUCCUGGGGGUGCUGUCGUGCUGCUUUGGUCUGUUUGGGCUGGAUAACGCCGUGCCUGCCCCUCGCCACGUCUUCAGGGCAUACACGGGUGGCAUCCCCUGGUCUGCUGGCUUGGACUGGCUCACAGGCAAACCAGAGCUCUUCCAGCUGGCAUUAAAAGCAUUCAGAUACACCUUUAAACUUAUGCUGGACAAAGCCAGCCUGGGCCCAGUGGAGAACUUCAGAGAGCUGGUGAAUUACCUGGAGGGAUACGAAAGCGAUUGGUACAUUGGGCUGGUGUCAGACCUGGAGUGGCAGCAGGCAGUUCUGCAGGAAAAGCCAUACCUGUUCUCUCUGGGGCACGACCCAAGCAUGGGAAUUUACACAGGGCGAGUCCUCACUCUGCAGGAGCUGCUGGUCCAGGUGGGAAAGCUCAAUGCAGAAGCUGUGAGGGGCCAGUGGGCCAACCUGUCCUGGGAGCUGCUCUACGCCACCAACGACGACGAGGAGCGCUACAGCAUCCAGGCACACCCGGCGCUGCUGCGCAACCUGACCGUGCAGGCGGCCGACCCGCCCCUGGGCUACCCCGUCUACUCCUCUCAGCUCCUGCAGCUGCCCCUCUUCUAGGCUCUGCUUUCUCACCUGGGCCUCUUGCUGCUUUGUCUUUUUCCUCUGUGUGUGGCACUCUGCCCUGUGUGCUGCAGAUCAGGUGUUACUCACAGGGCGGCAGUGCCAGGCUGGUGAAUGUCUUUGGCACAGAGGUGGUGCUGGCCAGAGCCUGCAGCAGGCAGCAAGGUGGGGACUGGUUUCUUGCUGCUGGAAUACAAGACACCUUUGUGGCUGGUGAGCCACAUGCUGCAAUUCUCCACCUUAAAGAAAAGCAGCAUAAUUCUUAUCAUUACCACAAUUCUGCUCAUUAACUAUUUUUGGUGCAUUCUGAUUUAUUUUUCCUUUUUUUUUUCCGUGGACAGGUGACCUGCACUGCCAGUCAGGUUAUGGCCUCUUGUAGUGUUGCCAACCCCAUAGUUGGCAACCAAAGUGUAUAUAGGACUAUUUAUAUAUUUUUUUUUUAUUCUGGCCAUUUUUAUAUUGGACUGAGUUCAGUUCUAGCAUUUGUUAUAUGACUCUCACUGAUCUUCCUUAUGUGCAGUAAGUUAUCAGCCAUACUUUAACUAAGGGACAAUUUUUACCUAACUACUUGUUUUGGUAAAAAGAAUUUUAUAUAAACCAGUGUGUGCUCUGACAUAUUGAUAGUGUGGGUGACUUUAUUGAUGGAAGAAGUAAAUGUAUAUAAUUAGGGGACAGAGGAAAUGUUAAGAACAAAUGCUAUGAUUUCAUCUCCUUCUUCCAGUAUCCAUAUAUAUGAUAUAUAUAUCUGUAUACAUAUAUAUAUAUAUAUAUGUUGUUACUUUCAACCUCUCUCCACCUCCCUAACCAGUCUUCCUCUUCUAACCUCUCACAAAUGCAGUGAGAGCUUCAUGGUGGGGAGUGGGUGGAAAUCCAGCUAGAAGUAUUUAUUUCUUUAACCUCACUACAGGCUGGAGCAGACCUGGACAGCUGGUUUGUAACAUUACAGGUUACCUUGAAAACAGGUCCAGGUCCAGUUUCCAGUGGCUCAUUUAUCCUGUUCACUACCACCAGUCUUAGCACAUAACUGUGUUUUCUCAGCAGGACCAUGGUCACACUGCAGGCAGAUGCUGAGCAGGGAGUAGGUAAUUGUAUUUCCUACUCCUGCGGAUUCACUUUAGAUCAGACCUGCUCUGUAACUGAAGCAGUACUGGUUUGGAACACCCUGCCUUGUCUGGGUCCAAGCACAUUUAUUACUUUUACUCUUCACAUUUAAGACCUUUUGACUCAUAUGAAAUUUGCCACAGAAGCUUGUCCUGGGCUGCUGGCUGUUCCUUUAGACAGUGGCCAGAAAUGGUUUUUAAGAACUAUGCAAGUGGUGUGGUGAGUUUCUAAAUCAGGUUGGUGCCACACUGGGCCCUGAGCUGUCUGGAAAUACAGAGCCAUGGAUGUGAUGUAGAAGGGGCUUAUAGAGAGCCCCCAUUUCAGCUCCCACUCACAAGGAGGCAAAUGUUUACUCUGAUUUAAAACUUCCAAGGCAAGGAGUGUCAUGAGCUCCUCAAGCAGUUCUAGUUCUUUGCUGCUCUUGCAGCAGCUGGAAAGUUGGAGCUGUUUCCUACAUCUAAUUUACCCUCCCUUGUCUUCCAUAUGGUCACAGAAAAUUUAAUUAUCUUUUUUUGCAGCAGUCCAUACUCAAAGAUGGCUGUAAUUUCUGCCCUCAUCCUUUGUCUUUUGUAAAGUGAAUAAACCAGUUGAGAAAGA